AUGACUGCUGAUGGGGCGAGUUGCCCUGGAUGCAACCGCCCGAUUACAACAUUGCAAGAGACCAAUGCGCACAACACCAACGGGAAAAUCUGCCAGGAAUGCGGACACUUGUAUGGCCCUCCAAAUUGCAAGGAGACACUGUUGAUUCAUUAUUGCCAGACCAAACAGUGGGAUGAUGCCAUUCUUCGACUCCACGAUUGGCCCUACGAAGCCAGCCAUGUGGGCGAGAAAAACGCCACGGCUCUUGCCUUGGCCAUCCAAGGAGAAGCCCCUCUGUCUUUGAUUCAGGCCCUUGCGGAAGCCUUUCCAAACGCUGUGACAACAGAGUGGACAUUUCACGGUGACGCCGAAAGUCCAUUUUGGUUUGCAAUGACCAACCUCGCAUCCAACCGAAAGUUGGGGCACUGCAAGAUUCUGGUGAGCGCCAACAAUAAUGUGCUGAGAACGGGAUAUUGGAAUGGCAUUUACUAUGUGAGAAGUCCCAUUGCCUAUUUCUCGUACGAAUUCCAACGCUUGAUGAAGAAUGCUGGCCUUGCACAACAUUCCUGCACCGUGAAGGAAUUGUUGGAACGAGGAGGCAGUCUUGGCAGUACAUUCCAUAUACUGUCACUACUGAUCAAGGCAGAAUAUCAUGGAAAACUGGAUGAUCCGAUCGUGGGGUCAAGCCUUUUACACUCCAUUGCUGGUUGUCGGGAUCCAUUCUUUCCAGAGCAACCUCUCUUAUCCAUUGUUUUGCGGUCUUCCCAGGAGCAGUUUCUGGAGGUAGACCAGAUAGGGCGUUGUCCAUUGCAUAUUGCUGCUUCAACAAGGAAUCAUGACAAAGCAAACUAUCUUUCCAACCAACCUAAUGGUGAUUUGAUUGCAUGUAGCAAUCGCAGGGAUCAGUUUUACCAAUUCAUGUAUUCUUUCUGCCCCCACGGUUGUCCUCACUUGUACAGGAAUUUUGAAGAAUACAUGAAAUGCAAGCCUGGCUUUCAACACAAUUGUUGUUGUCGUCAACGUUUGCUCCGCAAAGACAAAGAUGGCAAAGCCUACAGUGAAACAGAACACCCCAGCUGUGAUUGCCGCAACCGAUUUGAGCAGGCAAAACGAGACUGCAGAUGCGAGAAAGCUUUUGACUACUACUAUGACAAGAUGACUGACGAACACCGAAAUGACAAGAUGGACGUGAUUCAGGUGCUCAUAGAAGCUUGCCCAAGGGCCGCGGCUAUCCCCGACCAAGCAGGGUCCCUCCCAAUCCACUUGGCCAUUGCAUCCGGCAAAUGUUGGGAUGCAGGUGUCAAAGCCAUAGUCCAAGCAUACCCUGAUGCGGUUGGGAUCAAGGAUCCUGUGACCAAACUGUACCCUUUCAUGGCAGCAGCCUCAGCAAAUGACCUGGACACUUCAUUGGACCUCCUUCGUCUUCGGCCUGACGUUCUCAAUUGGGGCACAAGUCAGGGAUGA